UCAGAUAACAAGUAAUAAAGUCCAUGGCUCCCAAACAUGGCCUGUGACAUUUGUUCCCUAUCAUGUGGCACAUUUCCUGCUUACCGAGUGUAGCUCCACAUCAAUUCCUCCAUUUCUCCUGUCUUUUGAGAGGACUGAGUCAUGUGGCUAUUGAUCCUUGUGGUUUUAGCUUUGAUCUACAUUUUCAGAUGGAACCAAAGACGUUGGAUUCUUCCAAAUCUCAUAGAUAAGUAUGUGUUAAUCACAGGAUGUGAUUCUGGCUUUGGAAACUUGGCCGCCAAACAGCUGGACAGACGUGGCAUGCAUGUACUUGCAGCUUGUCUUACACAGAAAGGAGCUGAAAACCUGAAGAAGGAGACAUCUAGUAGGCUGAAGACUGUGAUCCUUGAUGUUACUGACAGCCAGAGUGUGAAUGAUGCAGCUGUAUGGGUUGCUUCCAUUGUAGGAGAUAAAGGUCUCUGGGGUUUAGUGAAUAAUGCUGGUAUUUCAGUACCAACUGCCCCAAAUGAAUGGCUGACUAAAGAAGAUUUUUCAAAAAUUCUGAAUGUGAAUCUGUUGGGCGUUGUUGAUGUCACUCUUAAGAUGCUGCCUUUGAUUCGAAGAGCUUGUGGACGUGUAGUGAAUGUCGCAAGCAUUGCGGGUAGAUUAACCAUCUGUGGAGGAGGAUACUGCAUGUCUAAAUAUGGAGUGGAAUCAUUCUCCGAUAGUCUCCGCCGUGAGAUGAAGCCAUUUGGUGUGAAGGUCUGUAUCGUAGAACCAGGUUUCUUUUCAACGCAAGUAACAGAUACUAAACUGAUGAAAGAGUGCACCAAUAAACGUUGGUCUCAAGUACCAGAUGAAAUCCGCAGGAGCUAUGGACAGCAAUACUAUGAAAAAUAUUGUGACAUUCUUGACCUGACACUGUCAUCAUCCAGCACAAAGCUGUCACUGGUGUCAGAUGCCAUGGAGCAUGCUCUGACUGCUGUCCACCCUAAGACACGUUAUUCUGCUGGAUGGGAUGCCAAGCUUCUUUACCUUCCCUUUUCUUACUUGCCUACUGUAAUCACUGAUUUCCUUAUUUGUGUUAUAAAUCCUAAACCAGCAAGGACUGCCUAAAUGUCUCCCUUGUCAAUGAAUGUAUACUUUCUAUUCAAAAUGUAGAACGUUACAAAAUAAAUGUGUCCGGACACUACCUAAUAAAGAAUUCCACAUGUA